AUGGCUGCAGUACUAGGUGGAGAAGGAGGCGCUGUACCGCUGGAGCAAUGGUUCUUCGAGAUGCCCGUGUGCACGCGAUGGUGGACCACAGCAACAGUCGUCACAGGCGUCCUGGUGCAAUGCCAGAUCCUCACACCAUUCCAGCUCUUCUACAGCUUCCGAGCUGUCUUUCACAAACAGCAGUUCUGGCGACUCAUAACGACGUUCAUAUACUUUGGACCCUUAUCGCUAAACCUCCUCUUUCACAUCUUCUUCAUCCAACGAUAUGCACGAAUGCUCGAAGAGUCAGCAGCAUCCGUGGCGCACUUCAGCUGGCUCUUAGCCUACACCUCCGUAACACUCCUCACGAUCGCGCCACUCUUCAGUCAGAUGUUCCUCGGCACAACACUUAGCAGUACACUGGUGUACAUCUGGUCGAGGAGGAACCCAGACACGAGGCUGAGCUUUCUGGGACUGCUCACGUUCAAGGCACCGUGGUUGCCGUGGGUGUUGGUGGCUUUCAACGUGGUACUGCAUGGACACUGGCCUAAGGAUGAACUGUGUGGCAUUGUGGUUGGACACAUAUGGUACUUCUUCAACGACAUCUACCCAACGGCUCACGGAGGGCACAGGCCGUUGGACCCGCCGCAGUGGUGGUGCAGUCUGUUUGAGAGGAACAACCUACCGCCGCCAGAGACGGAUGUGCAUGCAGCAGCGAUCAAUAGGGAUGUUGCUGCACCGGUGGUGCCUGAGGUCAGGUAG